AUGGCCGCUCGUUCACUCUCCGGCGCCGUCAAAUCCCUUUGCUCCGCCGCAUCUGGCAAUCUUUAUGGUUCCACUGUCUUAAGGAGGAGUUACGUAGCGACAUCAGCUCGGAAUGUGGCGGCAGCAGGAUUCACUAAGGCAAGUCCCACAGGGGUUAUGGUGGGGAAGAUGGAACAAAGAGCUGCGAUGAGAGGAGAUGAAGACGCAGAGUCUGCGUGGGCUCCAGAUCCAGUCACGGGAUACUACAGACCCUCCAAUGUUGCAGAUGAGAUUGAUCCAGCGGAGCUCAGGGAGAUGCUUCUGAAAAACAAAGCCAAACCUUUCUGA